UUUGUCAGCCAGAGAUAUUUCAAAAUACUUUGGGGGGGGAGGAGGAGGAUGGCUGGUCACAAUACCUAUAUAUGAGGUCUUGCACUGAGAACUGAGCAGACUGCAUCCUGGGCUUUUGAGUUUUUGGCUCCACAAAAGAUUGUUCACUAUGGCAUCCCCAGAAGAAAAGACACGUGCCUUGGUCAAGGCUGUGGAGACCCUCAGCAAAGCAAAAGAUCUACGCCAAGAAGCGGAACUUGUCAUGAAACCUUAUGCAAACUGGGAAGAGUUCCUGAUACCAGCUCCCCUCUCCAUUGCUAUCCUGGGGGAAUUGAUUUUUAUCUCAUCAGGACAGCAAGACUUCUCCAUCAACUUAAAGCCACCCAAGGAAGGCUUCCAUCAUCUCAAGUUUCCAGAGUCCUUCAAGGCUUCCCUAUGUCAAGUGAGCAAUCAAGGUUGGGGUGCUUUCAACGAGGCCCACACAAACAUGGAUCAGAUCAGGUUGCUUUCAAGGGGCAUUCCACAACGGAUGAAAACAAUUGUGCAGACUCUUCUUCAGGAAGCUGAGGUGGUGACGGCCUUGAUUCCUAGCCAACUCAAAAACCUCCAGGCAAUGACAGAGCGAUGUGUAGAGCUGGCCAAGGCAGUGAAUGCUAAGUUUGCGGAUGUGAUCAAAUUGAUCCAGGAACUCCUUGAGGCUUGCCUCAAUGCCAAACAUGGUUAUGAGCAGGAGCUGGUGGAUGUGAAGAUAGCUCUGGAACAAGCUGAGAUCCGAAAAAAAUCAGCCAAAGAGGCCAAAAAGAUGGCUGAACAGUAUCAUAAGUUAAUGAAGAAGCAAGUAGAGGAGUCCUACCAGCAUUAUAAAAAGGCCAUGGAUUCCAUCCCCACAGGGUGGGAUGCAGUGGGAAUGGAAGUGGUUACCAACCUUAAUCAAAUCUUGGGUAAUCUUUCUGUUGAGUUCACCCGCAUGUUAGCAAUGAGGCAGGGGAUUGUGAGAGAAGGAGCUGACAGGAACGCUGGUGGGGAACAGGCUGUGAUGACGCCAUUUAUUCCAGCUAGUAUCAUAUGUUCCAAGUCAGCUGAGCUUUUAACUUUUGCAACCAGCUUGAAGAACCUCUUAGAUGGACAUGGAGGUCUCAAGGUCCCCUUGAUUCUUGAUAAAAACACUGGAGAAGUCAAAACAAGGUGGGUGACCACAAACUUACAAAGGCUGAAAGCCUCCAUUGAUAAAGAAGUAGAUUGCGAGGCCAAAGCAAAAGCUCAAGUGAUUUGUCAAGUUGGACUGGAUAUUUGCCAACAGCUGGAGGAAAUGGCUUCCUCAGAAGGUGGUCUUGGGCAGGUAGGGCACAGCUUACUGAGUGAGAUUAAUCAACUCCAUAAGAAUGCAGCAGAAUUUGAUUCGUACAGCAAGUCCUACACUCGAUCUCCAGCCUUUUCUCCCAAACCACCCAACUUGUCCAAAUUGGCAGCAGCAGAAAGUUUAGGGUUAGAAAAUGCCCACCUGAAAGUGAAGCAGAGCCAGGAGGCACUGAAGGCCACAAGGGAGGAAUAUCAGAAAAGCUUUGAGAACUUCAAGAAGCAGAACGAGGAGCUGGCGGAGAUCCUUUGCACUAUGAGAAGUUAUCAGGUCAAGGAGGUGGAUUUUGACACUGCCAGAGAAAUGCUCAUCAAGGGACUGAAUGCCCUGGGGAAACUGAAGGAGCAAUGGGAGAAGAUGAUACAGUUUUUCCAAAUGAUCUCCAACUUAAUUGGGUCUUGCUUGGCUUGGAGCGUGAAAGAUUUUGUCGACACAGUAGAGAGUACCACUAAAAUCUCAGCUUAUACAUUCAAUGCCUUCACAGCAGAUAUAGUUUAUGGAUAUAUUUUUAAUGCUUCCAGUGUGGCUCAACUAGUAGUCAUGAUUUCUGAGACUUACAUGGAGGUAUCGCAGAAAUACCUGAUGGAGCGGAUCAGCAGCUUAGGUCGUAUCCUGACCAUGGAACCUAAUCACCCAGCGUUAGCCACCGAACGCGUCACGUUGGCCGAAGGCUGUGACGCAGCACAGAAAGCAGUAAAGGAGCUGGUGUUGGAAAAGAAGGAGGAGUUUUUGCGAAGUCUGGAUGCCAGAGAAGAAGCUGUCGAAAGGGAGAUGAGAACAUUGUUGCCUGGAAAGGAGGGUGGGGUAGAGCUGAAAGAGCUCAGUGUGGAGGAGGAUGACUUUAUAUAAGAUGUGAAGAAGUGGAUCCAAGGAUGAUUGGGCAAAACAAAGGGGAUAUUGUUGAUUAAUUCAUAGCUCAAAGGAUCUUGAGUAGUGGUUCUCAACCUUUGGUCCUCCAGGUGUUUUGAACUUCAGCUCCCACAAUUCCUAACAGCUGGUAAGCUGGCUGGGAUUUCUGGGAGUUGAAUUCCAAAACACCUGGAGGACCAAAGGAUGAGAACCACUGGUCUAGACUAAGGUAAGGUAAAGGUUUCCCUUGAUGUUAAGUCCAGUCAUGUCUGACUCUGGGGGUUGGUGCUCAUCUCCAUUUCUAAGCUGAAGAGCCAGCGUUGUCCAUAGACACCUCCAAGGUCAUGUGGCCGGUAUGACUGCAUGGAGCACCGUUACCUUCCCGCCAGAGCAGUACCUAUUGAUCUACUCACAUUGGCAUGUUUUUGAACUGCCAGGUUGGCAGAAGACUACUAUGCUGCAAAUAUAAGACACAGUGACACAGAAUCUGUAUAUUAAAAUAAUUAAAAGGAAUAAACUUAUAAUGUAAGGAAUGAAUAAACAACCAUAUAUUGGGAGAUUA